AUGAUUUCAGGCGUACCAGAUCGUUGGAAGCUUGUUGCGCCUUCUUUCUCUUCAACGCUCAAUGCAAGCUAUCCCACUCCGAGUCCAUUGUCAACCGAGUCCAUAGAUACUAGAGGUUCAUCCCCCCAGAUGCCGGGGUCUACGCCGGUCGACAAAGAGAAAAUUAUUUGGGGGCCUGUUGACUAUCUAUUAAAAUAUCCUGGAAAGGAUAUCCGUCGCAAGUUCAUGCAAGCCUUCAAUGAAUGGCUACGAAUUCCAGAGGAGAGGUUAAACAUCAUCGCGGAAAUUGUUGGUUUACUGCACACAGCGUCACUCUUGAUCGAUGACAUUCAAGAUUCAUCCAAGCUGCGACGAGGGAUACCUGUAGCCCAUUCCAUAUUCGGUGUCGCACAAACUAUUAACUCCGCGAACUACGCCUACUUUGCCGCCCAGGAGAAGCUCAGAGAGCUCAACCGCCCCAAGGCGUACGAAGUCUUUACUGAAGAGCUACUCCGCUUACAUCGGGGGCAGGGUAUGGAUCUAUAUUGGCGAGACUCCUUGACCUGUCCCACUGAGGAAGAGUACACCGAGAUGAUUUCGAACAAGACGGGCGGUCUUUUCCGGUUGGCAAUCAAGCUUAUGCAGCUGGAGAGUGAGAUAUCGAGCGAUUUCCUCGGCCUUGUCGAUCUGUUGGGCAUCAUCUUUCAGAUCCGUGACGACUAUCAGAAUCUUCAAAGUGACUUGUACAGCAAAAACAAAGGGUUCUGUGAAGACCUCACGGAAGGUAAAUUUUCUUUUCUGAUCAUCCACAGCAUCAAUAGUAACCCUGGCGAUCAACAACUGCUCAAUAUCCUCCGGCAGCGCAGCGAGGAGGAGUCGGUGAAGAAAUACGCCGUGGAAUAUAUUCGGUCCACAGGAUCUUUCGACUACUGUCAAGAGCGACUGGCAUCCUUGCUGCAUGAAGCAAAGAUGAUGGUCAACGUACUAGAAGAGAACGUUGGGUUUUCCAAGGGAAUCUAUGACAUCUUGGCUUUCUUACUCUGA